UUUGCUCUCCCCCUUUUCUCCCUCUUAUGGCAGAAUCCAGAGAAGGCAGAAUUGGGAGUUUCUAUGUUUGAUAAUUAAAGAUGAAAUAUAAUUGGAUUCUGACAGUGGGACUGUUUGAUGAAUUACUAACAUUUCUGGUUUUUUUCCCACCUGUUCUAAUACCACAUAUUGGAAGAAGCAUAUCUUGUCUUCUAGGAACAUAAUAUUUUUAUAAUUCUUGUUUUCUUGAUAAAAAGUGUGAUGCAUUUCUUCUAGAUCAGCAUGUUGCAGGUUGUACUUGUUUGAUGUUUUGUAAAAUAUGCUGAGUCAGAAGGAUGAAUUCUUGCAUUUUAUUUGCUUCUGGCUUCAGUUUUUAGCUGUAUGAUAAUGUCCAAAUUAUUCAGAACAGAUUUGAUAUUUUUACUGGCUGACUUAGACAAGCUGAAUUAUCCUGAAAGAGUAACUCCUGGUGAUCGUGAAAAUCCAAAUAAAAAUAAUUCUUUUUAUUCCUCCACAGGCUACCUGGUCAUCGUAGGGUGUAUAAGCUUUGCUGUGUGCUACAAAUAUGGCCCUCUGGAGAAUGAACGGAACAUAAAUCUCCUCACUUGGGGUCUGCAGACUUUCGGCUUGCUGCUCCUUUAUAUGAGCAUUCAGAUACGAUAUAUUGGCGUCAUCUUGAUUGUAACUGCAAUCUGCACUAAAAACCUGGAGUACCCUGUCAUAUGGGCCUAUGCCAUCUACAGCAGGAAGCUGUUCACAGCUCCAGAAAAGCCCACCCCACCACGCCUGUUGACCGAGGAAGAAUAUCGGAUCCAGGGGGAAGUAGAGACACGCAAAGCCUUGGAACAAUUGCGGGAGUACUGCCAAAGUCCAGAGUUCUCUGCGUGGAAAGCAGUCUCCCGCAUCCAGACUCCAAAAAGAUUUGCUGAUUUCAUAGAAGGUGCCUCACAUGUCGUUCCCAACGAGGUUUCUGUCCAUGAGCAGGAGUAUGGGUUGGGGGGUUCCUUUCUAGAGAAUCAGCUCUUUGAAGAGGAAGAUGAGGAAGAUGACACCAGUUUUGACGAGGAGGAUUGUACAGAGACACCGUGGCCCCAGAAUCACUUACAUUUUCAAGAUAAAACUGGCCACUGUUGAUGCAAGUGGAUUGAUUGAUGCCCCUUAUUGAGCACGUCUGCUGUUACAAUUGAGGAUUGCUAUAGAAAAGCCUUUUCUGUGUAGCAUUGCUUAAGUAGCAGCGUAGGCUUCACAAUCUCUUGAGAGAAAGGAGUUUGACAGGGCUCUAAAGCCCUGCCAUCUAUUCCAGACCCAUGACACGAUCAUGAACUGCAACAUACUUGGCAUGUACUUCAAGAUCCUUGACUAAAUAUCUUAACUCCAAGCUGGUCAGAACCUACAGCUAUUAGCUGUGAGUAGCCUAAGGAGGAGGAAUAUGGAGAGCUUGUAAAUCGUUACUGAAAGCCAGUGAAAAAUGACAAAUUAUUUUGCCCUGAUAAAAACAGGCUACCUGAAGAAAGGUUUGAAAGUCCAGGUGAAUUUGAUAGAUAUAUCCUGGGAAACAAUAGCUGCUGCCCUUUGAUUUUCCAGGGUACCAACGAAGUUUUGAGAGCGUGCUGCUCUUCCUCCAGUGGCUAUGCUUUUCACUUGUUGGCUUAAAUAUUGUUUCCUGGGUUGAGUACACUGAAGGUGUGAGGCUACUGCUUGUUGCAGAAUGUGUGAUGAGCUUGCUGGGAGCCAGUAAGUCACUAGGUCUCCCAAGGAGAUUCUUUCGUCCUAUACAUGGUAAUUGCACAAAUAGAAAUAUUUUUAAUUAUAUACCUUGAGAAGGGGGUUGCUUCAACUAAAAUACUUCCUGUAGACAUCACAGGAUGUUCCCUGUUUUAACUUAUUUGUGGCCUUUUUGGUGGGGCUGUGUAAAACUGACUGUACCAGAUAUGAGCCACUUUCAAUUUGAAGAAUUAAUUUCUGAAAGGCUGGAGUGGAGGUUCCAGAAUGGUUUGAAGAAAAAAACAAAUCUGAAAUGCUGGAAUUUUUUUUUUACAAAACUGCUUUUUGGGAAUCCAAAACUUUGUGAUCUUCAGCAAACCCACAAUGGCUCAGAUUUAAAUCGUCUUGUUUUUACCUGAAAGUCCUCAAUAAUACUGUAAUCCUGCGAGAAAAUUCAAUUGCAUCUGAAUGAGGACACCGCAAUAAAUUCAUAGUAGGUGCUUACAUGCAAUACCUGCCCAAAAUGUUUGUAUUUAUAGCCAUCCAAUUUUUAUUAACUGAUAAAUUGGUCACGAAGUUGUGCUUUUAAGUUUCUGUUGCUGCCCCCAUCCUUAACAGGAUUGAAAGAGCUCUAAUAAUCCAUUCUAUUUUCAGGCCCUGUCAGCUUCCUAGUCACUAAAGUUUGGUUUGGUUACACUAGUUCAGUUUGGUUACAUAAGGAUCUGUUAUUUUAACUAUCGGUAGGAUUAGAGUUGGUUCCAAAAACCAGAAGACAGGGAAAACCUAUCAAACAAUAAAGUUGACAUACUAUAUUUUUCCUGUCCAUUUGAAGUGUUAAGAAAAAGCUAUGGUCCUUGCUAUAUGCAUGCCAAAUGUGUAAAAUGUUAAAACCAAUCUGAAAUAACGAGGAUAAAAGAUUUAAUUUAUGCAGUACAUCUUUACUUAAUUUGGGAUACAAACCAUGAAGGUGUUUUGAAUAGAAUAAAAUCUUCCCAAAUGGUCAAAGCUAAUACAGACAUAACUGAAUUUUUAGACUGAAUAAAUGGAGAGUACUUUAGUAUUUUCUAACUUGACUUGUGAAAUUUUUUUAAUAAAAGUAUUUUUUUGUAUAGUAGAAAA